AUCAGCAUGUGUUUACCUUGCAAUUGUCACCAAAUCCGAAGGCUUUUCAGACCAAAUCUAUGAAUGCUGCUCAUAUUUUAAUUAAAAAAAAAGUGUACUAUUAUUCCAUUACUGACUUUCCUUAAGAUGAGUCUCAAGGCUGAGUUCAUAUUCAACUGCCGGAAGCUGCCGCAAGCUUGGUGUCAUGCGCAGUGCGCUCACAACCCAUCACCACGGCAACCAUCUUUCGCAGCCAAGUCCCCGGCAGCAUCAGUGGCGUGCGAUCACCUCCGCUUUGGCCACAGAGCAGAGACAUCCGCAUGCAGACAUGGUGAAGCUGGGCACCAAUCUGGCUGAUAAAAUGGAGAAGCAGCCGUCUGCAGACGACGGCUUUGAUAUCAUCCCCCUCAUCACGCCCCUCGAGGUCAGCCAGCUCCAGCAGUCUUUUGCAGACAAGGUUAUUGUGAAGACAACGACUCAUUACCAACUGCAGCAACAGCAGAAGAAGAAGGACAAGUUGUUCAUCCCCAGCAUUGAGAAGCUAAACAUCAACUUUUACAAAGAUGUCUCCGACAGAGCCAAGAUCACAGGCCUGAUCCUCAUCAUGUUGGCCUUUCUAACCAGCCUCCUCCUCCUGCUCAUGUACAAAGCCAUGUGGUAUGACCGUCUUACCUGCCCACAGGGUUUCAUCCUUCAGCAAAGGCACUGCACUCCGGCCGCCCUGGGCAUGUUCUCCAGCGAGCAGCAGAAUCCCACAGACAUCCAAGGCAGCACCAACUCUGGACUGUAUGCCGCCCUCAGCCGCCUCAACCAAGUCAAGAGGGCAGGGCCCGAGAUGCCGUCGCCAUGGUUGCCGGUCAUCAGAACACUGAAAAAGAUCGGUGCCGUCAAACAUGACAGCCAGACAGUCAAAGGUGAACUGGAGGGAGAGGAAUGAAUAUUUGUGUGCUUGUUUUUUUUUUGUUUGUUUUUUUUUUCCUCUCA